GCAUAAACUAAUACGUCAUUAGUCAGCAAUCCUUGGACACCAUACAAAUGCGCCCCCUAGUGCAGGGAUGACCUCAUGGCAACCUGGUGAGCCUGUGCUGCGUUCUGGACAACUGGGAACUGAUGUUGGACUUCAACUCAUAAAUACAGCACAUUGCUGUAUAUACAUAAAUACUAUGCAGUAGUAUAGCUAAUUAACACUUACAAUCCCAUCACCACAGUAAUCUUAGCCUAAAUACUUUACACAGUGUACCUCAAAUUUUGUCUGACUUAUUUCGUUCUGAGGUCGUCGACCUGAUUAGUACUGUGAUGUCCGACGUUCCUUCGUCACAUGAAGGCAACGCGUUGCUCAGCUGCCAUGUUGUUGUUUUUUCUCUCCGAGGCAGUGGCUGACUUUGUGGCUGCCUGCUGCUGGUCUUCAGCGGACUCUUUCUGAUGACAUGCUCUGCUCUGCUCGGUGAUCUUCUCUCUGCUCGACUCACUCUUUCGGCCACACACAGCAGCCUCGCGACGUGCCGCCUGGUGAGGUGAAGAUGGUGGACCGGCUUGCCAACAGCGAGGCCAACUCCAAGCGCAUCGCACUGGUGGAGAGCUGCUUCGGGGCAGCGGGGCAGCCCCUGGCCAUCCCGGGCCGCGUGCUGAUCGGUGAGGGUGUGCUCACCAAACUGUGCCGCAAGAAACCCAAAGCACGGCAAUUCUUCCUCUUCAACGACAUACUCGUGUACGGCAACAUCGUCAUCCAGAAGAAGAAGUACAACAAGCAGCACAUCAUCCCGCUGGAGAGCGUCACCAUCGACACGGUGCCCGACGAGGGCGAGCUGCGCAACGGCUGGCUCAUCAAGACGCCCACAAAGUCCUUUGCCGUCUACGCCGCUACCGCCACCGAGAAGUCCGAGUGGAUGAACCAUAUCAGCAAGUGUGUGGGCGAGCUGCUGGAGAAGAGCGGCAAAGCGCCCACCAGCGAGCACGCUGCAGUCUGGGUGCCCGACUCGGAGGCCACCGUGUGCAUGCGCUGCCAGAAGGUCAAGUUCACGCCCGUCAGCCGCCGCCACCACUGCAGGAAGUGCGGCUUCGUGGUGUGCGGGCCAUGCUCAGAGAAGAAAUACCUCCUGCCCAGCCAGUCAUCCAAGCCCGUCCGCGUCUGUGAGUUCUGCUACGGGCAGCUGACGUCAGGAGCCCGCUCCGACUCCUUUGGCCGGCCGCACUCCAACUUCAGCAACAUGUCUGACGACGAGGACGAAGACGACAGCAGUGACUGAGACGGCGGGACGGGCGUUAGGCGGACGGCCAAGCCUCCUCUCUUGGAAUUCCAGCAGGGAUGAAACACUUCCCAGAACUGAAUGAUGGCAUUUCUAUGGGCUUGUCACUACUACGCUGUGAUCCAGAUGAUAGACACGCCCCUUUGGCCCCUAACUCCUCCCCCUUCUGUCCCCAGCCAACUACACUAGCUGAUCAUCUCUACAGGGAAAAAGCAUCUCAGUUCUAAGGGCUUUAUUUUCUAUCACCAAUGAUAUAUUUUACUACAAGGAACCACAAGGUCUGAAUCCAGCUGCUCACAACAAAUCAAGUCUGUGCCUCCGCUCUCACCUUAGUGCCUUCUAGAACAAUCACCCCCCUCGACAGACCCCGCCCCCACCAAGAGCUUGGUGCUUUGGAGUUCACCAGCAGUUGUGUACCCACAUCAUGUCCUGCAGACACCAUGGCAACGGCAUUUACUGUAUUUUUAUUUCCGUCGAGACACUAAUGCAAAAGCUUUUUGUCUAUUUGAGGGAACACAAUGGCAAGUCAUUCAUGUCAUUUACCGUUUAAUGAAUGACAUGGCUGCUGAAGCACAACAACUUUUUAUAUGCAGCGCUAGCUGAGAACAGAUGGUGCUUGUUAGCCAUCAUGAUGUUCCUGUAAGGCAGCAGUAGUAGGACUGGGAAACAUGGACAGAAGUAUUGGGAUUGGGGGGGGGUGAUUCUGCAGUUCUGAAACCAGCAGAGGGCCCAGUCUUACAAGUCAAUUCAUGCAACAUUUUCCAGCAGGAAGAUGCUUUGACGAGACGUGAUGUUGUAUUAACGGCGCCAUAAUGUGUAGAACUUAAUUUGAAAUGAAAACAUGAGAGGCAUUUUAUAUUCAAAAUAGGCAGUGUUAGGGUUAGGGAUUGAGUUUUUCAUGGGGGUUAUGAUCCAAGACCAAGAAUAGCAGGAAAUGACUGUAUAACAUCAUCCAUUCCUCUGAAACUGAAAGGUUUCAGACUGUGUACUGUUGUGAUAUCCUCCUGCCUUUAUGGAACUUGCACAGGAUCUGAAAAGGGUCUUCCCCAAGAAAGAUUAAGGGACAACUAAGGACCUGCCAUUCAUUCAAUAGGAGUCCCAAUACUUUUGUCCAUGUUGUUUCUUUUAGUUCUUUGACUUUUCAAAUAUAUAUUUUUGUUGCGGGAUAAUUCCCUUCUGUCAGUUAGGAAAUGAGUUGUCCUACCCUGGGGAAUAUUGCUUGCCAGUGCUUGUGCAACUUAAAGAUGCCCACUUGCCCUUCCUCGCUCUGACAUGUCACCCACCACGCAACCAGGAAGUGAAAAGUCCAGCGUAGUUUCUCUUCCCAGCCGAGGGUUAAAGUCGUGUAUGAAAGGAGAAGAAAGGGAUUUUUUUCUGUUUUGUUUGUCUUCAGUGUUAAAAAGUUGGUAAAAACCAAUGAUCCAGACUAUUCAUUGAUUUUGUCUAAUCUUGUCAUCAGGGCCGUCCACACAAUGAUAACAGAGUGUCUCUAGUGUGCCGUCUAACAAACUGCUUGUGUGGACCCUGAAUGCAGCAUCAAUCAAAUCCACUCUGCCUAAAAGGUCGAAAACUGCUUUGAAAACAUGGGCGGCUUUAUGGAAUGAUGUCCUCUUUAUUAGUCUUGUUUCUUCCGUUGUGUUUUGUUUUUAAAAGCAUCUAAAAAGGGCUUAAAUUAGAACGUAAAUGCAGCUUAAUUCAUGAACGACCACUACAGAUUCCUCUGCGUGCAUUCAUGUACGAGUGUGUUGCUUCAAGCCAACCUCUUGUCUGAUCUUCAUUCUUUCCCCCAGAGGGAAAAACUAUAAAAACAUGAAAUGGAA